AUGGCUGCGGUAAAUGUAUAUCAUACAAGUGUGACAACAGACAAUCUUAGUAGAAAUGAUAUUCUACAAUGGAUUAAUUCGGCUCUUGAUGCCAAUUUCGUCAAAAUUGAAGAUCUUUGUUCCGGUGCUGCAUAUUGUCAAUUCAUGGAAAUGUUGUUUCCAGGCUCGAUAGGUGCUCGAUCAAAACGUGUGAAAUGGAAUACAAAACUUGAACAUGAAUACAUUAAUAACUUUAAAGUGCUGCAAGAAUAUUUCAAAGCACUGUCUGUAGAAAAGAUUGUUCCCGUGGAGAAACUGGUCAAGGGAAAAUUUCAGGACAACUUUGAAUUUGUUCAAUGGUUCAAAAAAUUCUUUGAUGCUAAUUAUACCGAUUCACAGGACUACGACCCGGUUGCUGCUCGUGAUGGACAGCCAUUAGGUAGUGGUGGUAAAGCAGCCGGACCUGGCAGUAACUCUGGUAUUCGAGCACCACCUGUGUCUCGAGCACCAGCAUCGAAACCUGCUCCUCCACCGUCAAAACCAGUAACGACGACAAAACCCGUCCAACAACACACGCCGAAAACGGCUCCUGCUAUUCAUCGACCAACUGCUCCCUCCAAUCAUACUACAACAAUUAAUGACCAUCAUUCUCAUCCUGGAGCGCACAGUAAUGAAACAGCACGAUUACAACAAGAAAUUGAUAAUUUACAAGAAAUGAUUCAACAACAUGCGACUCAUAUUGCUGGCUUAGAGAAAGAACGUGAUUUCUAUUAUAAUAAAUUACGCGAUGUGGAAACCAUUUGUCAAGAACCUGAUUUUGAAAGUUUACCACAUACACAAAAGAUUCUGGAUAUUCUCUAUGCAACCGAGGAAGGCUUUGUGCAACCUGAACAAGAGAACGAGCAUGAUGAUUUCGAUAAUGAAAAUAUCAACAAUGGUGCUGGUUCCGGUCUAACGGCUGCUGAUGACGAAACAUACUGA